AGAGAGAGAGAGAGAGAGAGAGAGACGGGGGGAGGAGAGUUGCUACAGAGUGAGUGGAGGAAGAAGAAAGUCAGUAAAGAGAGAACCGCACUCACACUAUCGACUGGUGAGUGUUAGGCGACACGAUGUUUGGCUACGGGAGAGAUGUGGAAGAGAGGGAAUAAGCGACAGAAGGAAACGUAAGACUGUCAAAACAACAAAAUAAACAUCAAGAGUGAAUCAGUUCGUCUGUCGGAUCGGGACCGCUGGCCCGCACUCGUCCCUUCCCAGAACUCGGGCUGGACUGAGUGACACUGCCCCGGGGCCACAUCGCCUCCACGAUCUGGGGAAACUACACCAAACACGAUACAAACUCUGAGGAGCGGGAGGAGGAGGGGGUCUGGGAAAGGAUAGAAAGAGGAGGGGGGCGACUGAAACGGAGCGAGAGAGCGCAACAGUGACUGACAAAAAGUUUACGGGCUUGCUAGCCAGCUAACUUGCACUCAACGGAGAAGAGAAAAAGCGGAUUGUGAGGGAGGCCGACGUCUACCUCUGGACAAGUGACUCAACUAAUUUAUCCAGCUAUUUAGCUAUCUGUAUUCACCAUGAAAACCCCGGCAGACACGGGGUUCGCCUUCCCGGACUGGGCCUACAAGCCCGAGUCCAGCCCCGGCUCGCGGCAGAUCCAGCUGUGGCACUUCAUCCUGGAGCUGCUGCGGAAGGAGGAGUACCACGACGUCAUCGCCUGGCAGGGCGACUACGGCGAGUUCGUCAUCAAGGACCCCGACGAGGUGGCGCGCCUGUGGGGGGCGCGCAAGUGCAAGCCCCAGAUGAACUACGACAAGCUGAGCCGCGCCCUCAGGUAUUACUACAACAAGAGGAUCCUCCACAAGACUAAAGGGAAGAGGUUCACCUACAAAUUCAACUUCAACAAGCUGGUCCUGGUGAACUACCCUUUCAUAGACAUGGGGUCCUCAGGUAGUGGAGUGCCUCAGAGCGCCCCCCCGGUGCCCACGGGGGCGGGGACUCAUUUCCGGUUCCCGCCCUCCACGCCGUCGGACGUGCUGUCGCCGAACGAGGACCUGCGCAGCCCGGGCGUGUUCAGCGCGGUGGCGCGCCGCAUGGCCCGCGGCUCCGUCAGCGACUGCAGCGACGGCACGUCCGUCAACUCCGAGAUCGAGGAGGGCGGGGGCGGGGCCGGGGAGGAGCGGGGCGGCGAGCGGGCGCUGGGGGGCGGCGGCGGGGGAGGGGGAGGGGGCGGCGGCCCCAGCGGGGGAGGCGGAGGCUUCCGGAGCAUCCUGCACCCCCGCCUCUCGCACGACUCCCUGUUCCGCAUGUACGGGGCGCCCCCCAACGCGGGCCACCCCCCUCCCCGGGGGCCGCCCGGCCACAGGGUCCACGGCGACCCCCUCUCCCCCUUCCCCGUCUCCCCCCUGCCCGGGCCCGGGGGGGCGGGGCUGCUGGCCCCUCCCCUCUCCCCCGCCCUCUCCAUGACGCCCUCGUCCCACCUGCCCUACACGCCCUCCCCCACGCUCUCCCCCAUGCUGGGCUCCCACUUCUCCUUCAACCCCGAGGACAUGAAGCGCUACCUGCAGGCCCACACCCAGAGCGUGUACAACUACCACCUGAGCCCCCGCGCCUUCCUGCACUACCCCAACAUCAUCAUCCCCCAGCCGCAGCGCCCCGACAAGGGCCUGGGCCCCGCCCCCUCCGCCGCCGACCGCCCCGCCCUCAACAGCCACCACCCGGGCCUGUCCCACGCCCACCCGCCGCACGGCCACGCCCACCCCCUGCACCACGCCCUGCACCUGGGCGACGAGCCGCCCCACCUCUCGCCCUUCAAGUUCAAGCUGCAGCCGCCGCCGCUGGGGCGCAAGCAGCAGCGCGAGGGCCAGCAGGGCCGGCCCGGCUCCCUCAGCUCCGGCUCCACCAGCUCCACCUCCGGCCUGGGCUCCUCCAUGUCCUUCGGCAGCGACCUCAGCUCCGCCAGCGGCUCCGGCCUCGUCUCCAACUCCUCCUCCUCCGGCUCGCUCAACAGCGCCGGCCUGCCCAAGAUCAAGGUGGAGCCCAUCUCCGACAUCGAGUCGGAGGAGGAGGUGGAGGUGACGGACAUCAGCGACGAGGACGGGGACGAGCGCGAGGAGCUGGAGCUCUUCUCCGCCCGGCACCGGCGGGACCGGCAGCUCAACGGCGGGGCGGCGGCGGCGGCUAACGCGGGCGGCGGCGGCGACGACGACCUGGACGAGGACGUGUUCAAAGCGCCCGCGCCCCCGCCGCCGGGCCUGCUGCCCUUCUUCGGCGGCCCCGUCGGCGAGCUGCGCCGCGGGCCCCCGGUCCUCAAGAGCGAGCCGGGGGAGCCCGGCGAGGGCGGCCCCGCGGCGGGCCCCCCCCCGCCGCCCGCCAGCCCCGGCGGCACCAAGUGCAUCCCGCUGAAGCUGCGCUUCAAGCGGCGCUGGAGCGAGGACCAGCGCAUGGAGGCCAGCUCCGAGGAGUCCGACGACAAGAAGGUGCGCGCCGAGGAGCGCCAGGCCCAGCGCAACGGCCGGCCGGAGGAGAACGGCGAGGGCGAGAGCCCGCCCCCGCACCCGGACUGCCCGCCCCCGCCCGCCCACCGCAGGGUGAGCGCCGACCUGCACCGGGCCACCGCCCAGCUAUCCCUGGAGAACAAGGACUGCUGAUCUCUGCACACACACAGGAACACACACUUAUACAUAUAUAUAUAUACACACACACACACACACAGGAACACAUAUAUACCUAUACACACACACAUUAGCACAUACAUAUAUACA